UAAGGCUGUGAAGGAUCAUUCCAAACCAACUAAAAACUGGUUGUUAUGUAAAAUAAGACGGAUAAUGGGAUAUGCAGACACUUAUAAAGAAGCAAGAGAGAUGCUCAAAGAAGCUGAAUAUAGUUCGGACAUCAAUGACAAAAGCGGUCAAAUCCCCCCAAAAAGAAGAAGGCAGAGUGAAAAACUCCAGCAAGAGCAGGAGACAGAAGAGGAAGAGGAGGAAGAAGGAGAAGAAGAGAAUGAGGAGGAAAGAGGAGAUGAAGAGGACUCUGAUGAGGUCCCUCCGUCGCCUCCAGAUAUCAGGGUUCACAUGGUCGCAGACAUCGGGGGGACGUCGGUCGACGAGGCAACGAGGCGCAUGAUGAGAUUCAUGUUCUCAAAUGAGCUCGCACUGACAUACAAUUUGACUGGAAAGCAUGGGAAGAACAAGUUUAAAGACUUGCAUCUUUUCAAAGUCGUUCAUGAGGCCCUCAAGAAGAACCCCCUGACCAGUACUACCAACCAGCAGGAGGCUGAAUGGGCAUUGAGCAAAUGGUUUACUGGGGCAAGGGAUAGGGGAGGACUGAGGGCAGCCAGAGUGUCAAAAUGA